UUUUAAAAAGGAACAGACAAGUUUGAGAGACAGCCUAUCACACAUGCAGCCUCACAACAUAUCAAAGCUUAAUAUUUUUCCUUAGCCUCCUACUUAACCAUACUUAGUUAGCUCCUCCAUUAUUUCAAACUAUCAGUUCCAAGCUCAACCACUGUGAAGACCGUAAACAGGGCUUGGAUUAAUGGGUACAGAGGCACCAAGUUGGGCAGAUCAAUGGGGGACAGGAGGAUUUGGUGCAAUGGAUGAAGAGGAAAUUAGUAAGAAAGAGAAUGAUAGUAACAAGAAAAGCAGUGGACUUGGGAAAGCUAAAGCAGUGGCAUUGGCUAGUGCUAAAAAGAUGAAGAAUGGCACUUGUGUAGCUAUCAAAUGGUUAAAAAGUAAAUGCCACAAGAAAAACAUCAUCUCUUCUUCUUGAUGAUCUUAUGUAAAUCCAGAUCAGACAUGUUUUAACCACAUUCAUUUACAAGGAAAGAGUUAUACAUUACUAAACAUAUUAGUUGAUUGCUUUGCAAUUUCUAUCUAUAUAUAAUAUUACAUGCUACUAUAUAUUCUUGAUCA